GGACCCAGUUCUGCCAUCUGGUUCUCAAAACAGCGCAGAUAUGAAGCAGGAGGGAGCACCCUUCCCAGUUGGGAACUAGAGCCUCCGUGAUGAUUCUGUGCUUGGUCUGUAGCUCCAACUUGGCAUGAUUGACACGUGUCAAGGACAGGUUGGAUGAGCCUGGGGAGUCUUGGAGUUGUGGGAGAUGAGGACAGUGACCAUCUAACCCUGGAGCUGUGAGGAGCUACGCAAUGUCAGGAAGCCACCCAUCUUCUGCCAGUGGUCCCUUCUCAGCACUGACUCCAAGCAUAUGGCCCCAGGAGAUCCUGGCCAAGUACGCACAGAAGGAGGAGUCCUCAGAGGAACCGGAGUUUUGCUAUGAUGAGUUCGGUUUCCGCGUGGACAAGGAAGGUGCUGAGCCCGGCUGCAGCCAGUUGUCAGGUGCACCCCUGGUGGAGGACCCCCCACAGAGACUGCGGUGGCAGGCUCACCUGGAGUUCACCCACAACCACGAUGUGGGGGAUCUCACCUGGGACAAGAUUGCAGUCUCCCUUCCCCGGUCUGAGAAGCUUCGCUCCUUGGUGCUUGCUGGUAUCCCACAUGGCAUGCGGCCACAGCUGUGGAUGCGGCUGUCUGGGGCUUUGCAGAAGAAGAAAAACUCCGAGCUGUCCUACCGUGAGAUCGUGAAGAACAGCUCCAAUGACGAGACCAUUGCAGCCAAACAGAUCGAGAAGGACCUGCUCCGCACCAUGCCCAGCAACGCCUGCUUCGCCAAUGUGAACAGCAUCGGGGUGCCCCGCCUGCGCAGGGUCCUCCGAGCACUGGCCUGGCUCUACCCAGAGAUUGGCUACUGCCAGGGCACAGGCAUGGUGGCAGCCUGCCUCCUGCUGUUCCUAGAGGAGGAGGACGCCUUCUGGAUGAUGUGCGCCAUCAUUGAGGACCUGCUCCCCGCCUCCUACUUCAGCACCACCCUGCUGGGUGUCCAGACUGACCAGCGGGUCCUGCGUCACCUGAUUGUCCAGUAUCUGCCUCGAUUGGACAAGCUACUGCAGGAGCAUGACAUUGAGCUGUCCUUGAUCACGCUGCACUGGUUCCUGACGGCCUUUGCCAGCGUGGUGCACAUGAAUCUGCUGCUGCGAAUCUGGGAUCUGUUUUUCUACGAGGGAUCCCUGGUGCUGUUCCAGACCACACUGGGCAUGCUGCGCCUUAAGGAGGAGGAACUGAUCCAGUCAGAGAACUCAGCCUCCAUCUUCAACACGCUGUCGGACAUCCCAGCACAGAUGGAGGACCCGGAACUGCUGCUGGGGGAAGCCAUGCGGCUGGCUGGCUCCCUCACUGACGUGGCUGUGGAGACCCAACGCCGCAAGCACCUGGCCUACCUCAUUGCAGACCAGGGCCAGCUCCUGGGGACAAGUGCCACCACCAACCUCUCUCAGGUUGUGCGGCGGAGGACCCAGCGGAGGAAGUCCGCCAUCACCUCCCUGCUCUUCGGGGAGGAUGACCUGGAGGCCCUCAAGGCCAAGAACAUCAAGCAGACAGAACUGGUAGCUGACCUCCGAGAAGCCAUCUUGCGUGUGGCACGCCAUUUCCAGUGCACAGACCCCAAAAACUGUAGUGUGGAGCUGACUCCAGACUACAGCAUGGAAAGCCACCAGCGAGAUCACGAGAACUACGUGGCAUGUUUGCGCAGCCACCGGCGUCGGGCCAAGGCCUUGCUGGACUUUGAGCGGCAUGACGAUGAUGAGCUGGGCUUCCGUAAAAACGACAUCAUCACGAUCAUUUCUCAGAAGGAUGAGCACUGCUGGGUAGGGGAGCUGAAUGGCCUGAGAGGCUGGUUUCCAGCCAAGUUUGUGGAGGUGCUGGAUGAACGGAGCAAGGAGUACUCCAUCGCGGGGGAUGACUCUGUGACAGAGGGAGUCACAGACCUCGUGAGAGGAACCCUCUGCCCAGCCCUGAAGGCUCUGUUUGAACAUGGACUGAAGAGGCCAUCCUUACUUGGGGGAGCCUGCCACCCUUGGCUGUUUAUUGAGGAGGCCGCUGGCCGUGAGGUCGAGAGAGACUUCGAUUCUGUGUAUUCCCGUCUGGUGCUCUGUAAGACAUAUAGGUUGGAUGAGGAUGGUAAAGUCUUGACCCCUGAGGAGUUGCUUUACCGGGCUGUGCAGUCUGUGAACGUGACCCAUGAUGCGGCUCAUGCACAAAUGGAUGUCAAGCUCCGCUCACUCAUCUGCGUGGGACUCAAUGAGCAGGUGCUGCAUCUGUGGCUAGAAGUGCUUUGUUCCAGCCUGCCCACCGUAGAGAAGUGGUACCAGCCCUGGUCCUUCCUGCGCAGCCCGGGCUGGGUCCAGAUCAAGUGUGAGCUCCGCGUCCUCUGCUGCUUUGCCUUCAGCCUAUCCCAGGACUGGGAGCUGCCUGCAAAGAGAGAGGCCAUGCCUGGGAUUGUUCUGUGUGCAGGAGGAGAAGCAGCCCCUGAAGGAGGGUGUUCAGGACAUGCUGGUGAAGCACCACCUUUUCAGCUGGGACAUAGACGGAUGACACUCCUCCAGUGGCUCUCUGGGCCCUGGGCAGAGCCCUGGCUACCCUCAGACCUGUUUUGUCCCCCCGCCCCCAACUCCUGGCAAGAGCAGAAGGUGGCCACCUUAGCCUUCUCUCCUUAAUGGACUUGGGAGGGAAGCCCUGAGUGUCAGCUGUGGUUGUACUAGCCAAGUGUGGCACUUGUGUCCAGUUUUGCUCAGGAAAGGGAACUAAAAGGUAUUUUGGCCUCUGGUUUGUAAAUAAACUGUCCUGUGAGAGUG